AACAAGGCCAUUACUUCUUGGGCAAAAUGAAGCUAUCGCUUUACAGGCUCAGCCACCGGCCCAGGUAUUAAGGGAAGGUCGUUUUGCCUCUUGACCUUCACUUCUCUUACUUUUGUCGUUCCGACCAGAAUUGAGAAGGCUGUUUAUUGCUGCACUUUGCAAGCGGCUGAUGGAACACUUCUUCAUUUGAUCGCAUUGUUUGUGGAUCCCUUAGUAGGUUGCUUGGAGACAGAUUAAUAGGACUUCAUCUGGACAUAAUUACGAUGGUUCGUGUGGCUUUGAUAUGUGUCUCAAUCGUUGUUGUAUUUUCGCUUCUCAUAGAUUUUUGUGCAUCAGCAAGGCCCAACAAAAAUCAAUCUAGUCAAGCUUAUUUUCCAGAAUAUCCACCUUCUUCUUUAAAUGAAGAAGCGGUCGAGGAUACUGGAGAACUUAAGACAUUUCAUGAUGUUGAGCUUAAAAUGAAAUCUCUUAUUGACGAUGUCAUUAAGAAAGUGUUGCCUUUUGUGAUAAGGGCAAGUGCUGAUAUUCGCCUUUCAGGAAGAUGCAUGGCCAGUAUUCUUAAAUUGGUUAUGGGGAUGCAGAAGUUACAAGAGUGGGCCAUAAGAAUGGUGGAUGCCACGGGAAAGCCACCUAGUGGAGUUUUCCAGGGUACAACCAUGUCUUUAGGAGAUUUUGACGAAUGUAUCAAUGUUAGGGUUGGAAAAUUAGGUAAAGAGCCACUUCCUGGAGAAAGAGAAUAUUUUCAUGGAAAAUAUUGCACAGUAGAGUGCAAAUUGCCAAAAGGAAUACUUGACGCAAUUGAUGAAUUUGAAAGUGUCCCACCAGCACAGAGACACAACACGUCUAUUGGGACAUCGAAAACGUUUCUCAGCAUAUUGGUAAAAUAUGGACACUACAUGAGAGUUGCAGCUUUUAGAUUUGGUGUUUGUAUCCCAUCAACAUGCGAUGUUGAAGACUUAACCAGUAUUGCAUAUACUAUUUCGAGACAAAUAGGAUUUCCUUUGAGUGUUCUUCAUUGUCAAGAAAAAAGGAAAUUAGAACUUGAAACGGAACAAAGUAUUAUAAUACCUGUUUUAGUAUUCAUCAUUGGCUUGGUACUCCUAAGCACAGCAGGCGAAAUUUAUUUCAUGAAAUUUCCAUUUGAUCCAACAUCGAAAUUUCAAGUCUCCUUGAAAAGACUGUUCUAUUCACUGUCAGCAGUUCACAACACUAAGAAGCUGGUAAAAAUAGAUAAUGACAGACAUCCGAUGCCUAUGCUUCGUGGAAUAUUUCUCCUAACUGUUGUAAUGAAUAUUCUAGCACACACUUAUUUAAUGUACAAUCAUUUGUUCUUCUUUAAAUAUAGCAGUAUCAUAAAUUAUUUAGAAUAUAUGGAAAAUUUCUCCUUUUCUGUUAUUGCAAAUGGAUCGAAUGGCAUUGAAAAUUAUUUCUUUAUAGCUGGCUUCCUCAUAACAUAUGUUCGAUGGAGAAAUUUGUCUACUAAAAAUAAUCAACCUGCUAAAAUGAGUUUAUUUAACCUUUUAGUGAAACCUUAUGUUAGGAUGACGUUAAUGCAACUUCUUAUUAUUGCAAUCUUCCUACUUCUUCCGUUAAUUGGAUAUGGACCAUUUUGGGGUGAUUUUGUUGGACCUUACUUGAAAAAUUGUAAGGAAAGGUGGUGGAUCAAUCUGUUUUAUAUUCAGAAUUAUUGGGAUUCCGAAAAUUCAUGUUUAUAUCAUACCUGGCUACUAGCUGCUGUAAUGCAGUUGUAUGUUAUUGCUGUUCUUGUACUAUGGUUUCUUAUAAAGAGGCCAAAUAUCGCAAUGAUUAUAAUAAUAGCACUGAUCGUUUGUGGAAUGGCUCUCGUUGGAUCAAUUGUAUUUGUACAUAAAUUCCCUGGUGCUUUAACAAUGUAUUUACUGGAUGGCAUAUCAGGACCUAAAAUGUGGAACACACUGUUUAUUAAGACCUUUGAUCACAUUGGACCAUUUUCAAUUGGGCUUGUAACUGGUUAUUUAGUAGCCAAACACAAAAAGAGUCUCAAUUUUGGAACAGUGGCAACAACAGUUUUAUGGUGUACAGCAAUAGCUUCACUUCUUGCUGUCUUUUUUGGUCUUUAUGAAUACAGACAUGGAGAUAUGAAAAUGGAUUCUUCAUUAUCUAUUUUAUAUGCCAUGCUAAACAGAAAUGUCUAUGGUCUUUUCUUAGCAUGGUUUACCAUAGCUUGUGUCACUGGUAAAGCUGGUUUCAUCCCUGAUAUGCUUUCUUGGAGAGCUUUAAUACCUGCAUACAGACUGUGCUUCUUAGCAUACCUAUUGCAUCUCGUCAUUAUAUAUUAUCAUAUCGGUAUACUUCGAGAAAGGGUGUAUUUGAGCCACGAAGAAAACAUAAUCAAUUACUUUGGAUACCUCGUAUCAUCCUUCAUAUUGUCCUACGCUUGUUACAUAUUCUUCCAAGUGCCUUACAUGUGCUUAGAGUCACUCAUAUUGCAAAGAACUGUCACUGGUGACAUUAGUGACAAUGAAAAUAGUGACUUUGAGAAAGAAGGAAACACGACAUUUAGUGACGGAAAUAAUUGUUCUAUUACUGCCAAAUCUAUUAAGAGACAUAUGCAGACAAUAUCGAUCAACGGCAUAAAAGAAAAACAUAUUUUAUCAAAUAUACCUUGUCGUCAAGAAAAGUUUUAAGUGAUGAAUCUGUUUGAAUUUAUUUUGUUAAGUCAUUGAAAAAGUAUCUUAUAAUGGAUUAAGGGUUAAAAAUGUAUGCGAAUUGUUAAGGAUAAAGGAUAUUCAGGGCAUUUAAGCUGUGUUGGGAUGUUAUGUUCAGCUUGAUUUUUUAAUUAAAAUCUCAUUUGAGUUGUUAAUGUGAUAUAUAGAUAUAUUUUAAUUAAUUUAUCAUAUAAUUUUGUACAAUUUUCUAUAGAAAACUAUUAUGCAUAAAAUAUUAUUCUAAAAAAAGUGAUACUAUGAUAAACUUUUAAGAUAAAUGAUUUGAAGCAUUUGGUAUGGGUUACAUACUUUGGAAAUUUAUUUAAUUUAAUUAUUCCUUAAAUUUAAUAAAAAUCUGCACGUACAUGGUGUUUUAUUGAGAUAAAUUUAAACUAGUACAUGAAACUGGAGUUAAGUAUUGAAAUUUGUGUUGACAUUAAAAUGUUUGAAACAUAAUUUUUAUAAAUAUCACUGUUUCCUUUUUUAUUUCUAAAUGCGAUGUGGGUACUCUUUUAUAUGAUUUAACUCUUUUAGGAUAUAAUUAUUUUAUGAUUUUUGAACGGUAAAUGAAACCAUGCUCAAUCGCGAUUUUAUUUGUAAAAACUUUAAAUGCAUUAUUUUCUCUUUUCUUCUUUGAAACUUUUCUACUUCAUCUUAUUUCACUGGUUAUGUAACUCAGAUCUAAUUAAAUUUAUUAUUUUCCUGGACUUUUACAAUUAUGAAUAAAUAAUUUUUAACAGCUUCA